GUGCGCAUUCGCCUGCGAAAGUUCGGCCACGGCUGACGGCAGUGAACCUCUUCAUCGGCGACCGGUGUCGCGAGCGACCACGUGAGGAGCAGACGAGUUAAGCGAGUGAACGAGCGAGCGAACCGCUGACCGGCCGACUUUAACCGGGACGGAGGUGCGUCACUCGCGGGCUUCGAAGCACGCAAUCGAAAGCGACGCGACGACCGGGAUUUUCACUGAGCCAAGCAGAGUUUCACUUCUAACCUGAAUUUGGUGAGGACGAGCGAGCGGGCUCAACCGUCGCCAGGGUGAUUACAUCUGACCUCGCGGGAAAGAAAAGAGAGAGAAGGAACAUCGUUUCUGAGAAUACUUGCUACCUGACUCAACAAGAUGUCAAGGCCAAAGGACGUCGGUAUCCUGGCCCUGGAGGUCUACUUCCCAGCACAGUACGUGGAGCAGAAGGAGUUGGAGGCAUUUGACGGCGUGUCAGCAGGCAAGUACACGAUUGGCCUGGGCCAGUCGCGAAUGGGAUUUUGUAAUGACCGGGAGGACAUCAACUCGUUGUGCCUAACUGUUACCCACCGGUUGCUGGAACGUUAUAAUGUCAAGCCACGGGACAUCGGUAGAUUGGAGGUUGGCACCGAAACCAUCCUCGACAAGAGCAAGUCGGUCAAGACCGUGCUGAUGCAGCUGUUUGAGCCAUACGAUUGCACCGACAUCGGGGGCGCAGAUACCACCAACGCGUGCUACGGCGGCACCGCCGCGCUCUUCAACGCGAUCAAUUGGGUGGAAAGCAGAGCCUGGGAUGGUAGACUCGCUCUGGUCGUUGCAGCUGAUAACGCGGUGUAUUCUACGGGUAGCGCCAGGCCCACCGGCGGCGCAGGUGCGAUAGCCAUCUUGGUAGGUCCAGACGCGCCUCUCGUGCACGAUGGUCUCCGGGCUUUUUGCAUGAGACACACUUACGACUUCUACAAGCCGGACCUACGCUCCGAGUAUCCUGUCGUAGACGGCAAGCUGUCGAUCCAGUACUAUCUCAGCGCUCUGGACAGCUGUUAUCAGCUGUACCGCAAGAAAGUCAGGAGGAAGAGCCCUGGCGAGAGCCCUGUGACGUUGACCAAUUUUGACUCGAUGCUCUUCCACUCACCGUAUUGUAAACUUAUACGAAAAUCGUUCGCCAGGUUGGCCUUCAUCGACUUCAAAAACAUGUCGGAGAAUCAGAUCCCCGACGGUUAUAAGAACGCGAUGAAAUUCCAUGCCACCAAGCUCGAAGACACCUACUUCAACCAGGACAUUGAGAAGACCUUCAUGCAAUUGAGCAAAGUGGACUUCGAGCAAAAGACCCAACCCAGCCUUCUGAUAGCAAAUCAAGUUGGAAACAUGUACACGCCAUCGGUGUACUCUGGUUUAGUAUCGUUGCUCAUAUCAAAGCCGAUAAAUCAAUUGGCAGGUAACAAGAUCGGCAUAUUUUCCUACGGCGGGGGUACAUGCUCCAGCAUGUACUCGUUGACGGUAGCAAGGGACACGCGAGAAGGUUCUGGCUUGUCGAAGAUCGUCACCGCUCUUUCUUACGUCAAGUCGCAAUUAGAGGGACGUCACUGCAUUUCUCCGGAGAACUACACCAAAGUGUUGGCAUCGAGGGAACGAAAUUGCCACGUUGUGCCAUUUACUCCAGAGAGUAGUAUAGACGACAUGUUUUCGGGUACAUAUUACUUAAUGCAGGUGGAUGAAAAGUACAGGAAAACUUAUAAGAGGGUAUGAGAUCAAAGUGUUAAACUUCAAGAUUUAGAAUCAUUUAUAGUUAAUUUUAUUAAAUAAAAAAUAUAUAUAUAUAAAAAUAUAUAUAUGAGACGUUCCAUGUCAACCGGGACAGGGCCGUCUCCAAAAUUCUAUUGAACCGAUUAAAAUGGUUUAGGGCUUAAAAUCUUUGUUUUUGUGUGCUCUAUCAAAUACAGUGUGGUACUUUUGAAAAUUCAAUAUGGCGGUCAAAAUAUGGCGCUUCAUAUGAGUUAAAAACACAAAUCAUAUGAUUAAAUUGUUGUUUCUAAUGGAAAAAAGAGGAUACAUAGCUUGUGAAUAGAUAGCACUAAGAUUUGGAUGUCUUUCAAAAAAAUAAAAAUAGCGGAUCCAAUAUGGCGGACAAAUUUUUCUUAAAUU